AGCCAGGCCGGACAGGUGACAGUCAAAUUCACAGUUUUCAACCACCGACACAUUUGGUUCUCUCCAACGUCUGAGGCCAUCUACACCAGCUGAAUUCUUGGGUUCAAGCCAUCACCUCCGUUGUCUUUGGUUUUUUUCUCUCCGAAUAACUCAGUUACAGGAACAGAGAAUGUCCACUGAAUAUUCUGUUGAUCCGUUUCUUGGAGAGGUUUGCCUUAUUAUCCUCUUUUUGGAUGAUGGGAAAACUUUUACGGUUUUAAACCAUGACUCAAGAGGACGACAUCAUGAAGGAGGCGAUAUUAUAAAUCUUAACUUGAGGAAUCCGGAAGGAGAAAUUGCUGUUGUGCUGGGUGCUGCUGACACUGAAGAAGAAGCCACAGAGGUGGCUCGAACCUACCUUCGGAGAGUGGCAAAGUGGCAUGGGCAUGAGCCUAACAAGAAGAAGAAUGAGAAGGAGGAUGAGAGAAUUGAAUUCUGUGGCUACGACAUGAGCCAGUCGCAGCUCUUUCAAGAAGACAAGGAUCCUGGUCCCAGCCGCAAGAGAAGUAGGAGGUCUUAGAGGGUGUUUAGUGAUAAUAAUUUAACGACAAUGAUUCCUAUUCAGCUGUGUAUUUUAUGUUGACAGACAAGCAUUUAGACAAUGUAUAUAAUGUAAUUUGUGAAUUAAUACAGACAACUCAUCAGUCAUCAUGGAUCAUUCAUCACUUUAACUUUCGAGUACCUUUGGGUGAGCUUCACCAAGCCAUGGAAAUACCUGUCUAAAAUCUGGUAACCUUGUGCGGCACACUAAGAUUUAUAGCAGAAAAGAUACAUCACUACGUGUCUAUAGUGUGUUGCAUAAGGUUACUAGAUUUUAGACAGGUAUUUUCAUUGCUCUGUAAAGCUUACCCAAGGGUACUCGAAAGUCAAAGUGAUAAAUGAUCGGUGAUGGACUUGGUUGUAGUACCACCAACGGAAUGAGUUAAUUCUUAAAUUCGAUGAAAAAUGUUUUUUCAGCUUUAUCAUGUGUUCAAUAAAAAAAUAAGCUCACUUUCCAAA